AUGGAUAUAAGCAAUGAAGCCACUGUUGAUCAUUUUCCAAUUGGACCAUCGUCCAUCCUUGGUAGGACCAUUGCCUUCCGUGUUCUGUUUUGCAAGUCAAUAGCUAGCUUGAGGCAUCAAAUUUUCCAUACCUUGUUGAAAUACAUCUAUAGAUUUAGGGACUUUCUGGGGCCCAUGUUGUCGUGGUUGCAUCCGAAGAACCCGCAGUGGAUACUGGCUAUGGUGACAAUCAUAGCAUUUCUGUUGAAGCGAUAUGCGAAUGUGAAAACGAGGGCCGAGAUGGCCUAUCGGAGGAAGUUCUGGAGGAAUAUGAUGAGAGCUGCUUUGACACAUGAGGAGUGGGCUCAUGCUGCCAAGAUGCUCGAUAAAGAGACCCCAAAGCUAAAUGAAUCAGACUUCUAUGAUGAAGAAUUGGUACGGAACAAGCUUCAAGAACUGCUCCACCGUCGUCAGGAGGGAUCAUUGAGGGAUAUCAUGUUCUUCAUGAGAGCUGAUCUCAUAAGGAACCUGGGCAACAUGUGCAAUCCGGAGCUUCACAAGGGCAGGCUUCAUGUUCCCAGGCUCAUAAAGGACUAUAUAGAUGAGGUAUCGACUCAGUUGAGGAUGGUUUGUGACUCGGACUCUGAGGAACUCUCUCUUGAAGAAAAGCUAUCAUUUAUGCAUGAAACCAGGCAUGCGUUUGGAAGGACAGCUUUGCUUCUGAGUGGAGGUGCUGGCCUUGGAGCAUUCCAUGCGGGUGUUGUCAAAACCCUGGUGGAACAUAAGCUUUUGCCACGUAUAAUUGCUGGUUCGAGUGUGGGAUCAAUUAUGUGUUCGGUGGUGGCCACUAGGUCCUGGCCAGAGCUGCAAAGCUUCUUUGAGGAUUCCUUGCAGUCUUUGCAGUUCUUUGAUCAGUUGGGUGGGAUUUUUUCCAUUGUGAAGAGAGUCAUGAUACAAGGAGCUGUGCAUGAUAUCCGGCAGUUGCAAUGGAUGUUGAGGAAUUUGACAAGUAACCUGACAUUCCAGGAAGCUUUUGAUAUGACAGGUCGAAUUCUCGGGAUUACAGUUUGCUCCCCAAGGAAGCAUGAACCCCCAAGAUGCCUCAACUACCUAACAUCCCCUCAUGUUGUCAUAUGGAGUGCUGUAACGGCUUCUUGUGCUUUUCCCGGGCUCUUUGAGGCCCAGGAAUUGAUGGCAAAGGACAGGAGUGGAGAAAUUGUUCCAUAUCACCCACCAUUUAAUCUUGAUCCAGACGAAAAGUCAGGCACAUCUGCUCGUCGAUGGAGGGAUGGUAGUUUAGAGAUUGAUUUACCAAUGAUGCAGUUGAAGGAGCUCUUCAAUGUUAAUCAUUUUAUCGUCAGCCAGGCGAACCCUCAUAUUGCACCAUUAUUGAGAAUGAAGGAAAUCGUUCGAGCUUAUGGGGGCAACUUUGCAGCCAAGCUUGCUCAUCUUACUGAGAUGGAGGUGAAACAUAGAUGCAAUCAGGUGCUGGAACUUGGCUUUCCGUUGGGAGGCCUUGCCAAGCUCUUUGCUCAAGAUUGGGAGGGUGAUGUCACUGUCGUUAUGCCAGCAACACUUGCUCAGUACUCGAAAAUCAUACAAAAUCCAACACAUGUGGAGCUACAGAAGGCAGUCAACCAAGGGAGAAGGGGUACAUGGGAGAAGCUUUCGGCCAUAAAAGCCAACUGCGGCAUUGAGCUUGCACUUGAUGAAUGCGUCGCUAUUCUCAACCACAUGCGCCGGCUCAAACGGAGCGCCCAGAGAGCUGCUGCUGCUUCUCAUGGUCUCCCCACCAACGCAGCUGGCAACAACACCGCAGUCAAGUUCAGCGCCUCAAGAAGGAUCCCCUCGUGGAACUGCAUUGCUCGUGAAAAUUCCACAGGGUCACUCGAGGACUUCCUGACAGAUGUUGCUGCCUCCUCGUCCCAACAAUCUGCCAGCGGAGGAAGAAAGCAUUGGGAAGGAAGCGACAGUGAAUCUGAGAGCAAUAACGACGUGCAUUCCUGGACAAGAUCCGGUGGGCCACUGAUGAGAACUUAUUCUGCGAACUUGUUCGUGGAUUUCGUCCAGAAUCUCGACGCUGAUUCUGAGAUGGGCCGAGGAUUGAUGGCGGGGUACCCCUACUCCCCAGGAGCUCAGGUCGGAAUGAGGGAGCCUUACAGUAACCAUACCUCCCCCAACUCCCCAGGGGCACAGGUUGGAAUGAGAGAUCCUUACAAUAACCUGACUUCCCCCAGGGACACAUCGUCAACUAGUGGUUUGAGCUUAACUGUAACUGAAGGUGACCUCUUACAGCCCGAAAGGAUCCAUAAUGGUUUCGUGUUGAAUGUGGUCAAGAAAGAAGACUUGGAGACGCUGUGUCAAAGGCCUCAUCGUUUGGAAACCUUUGGCACUGACAUUCCUGAGACUGUUAUGCUCGACUGUCCAGAGAAAGAUACGGAUGCCAGCUCAGCAUCAGACUAUGCUUCUGAUAAUGAUGACAAUGGUAUUAGUCCAGCAGACGAUGAAGCUUCACCACCAACUGCCGAUGUUGAUGAAUCUAGUGUCCCUGCACGCAGCAUAGAUUUGGAUGAUGCCUAG